UUCCAUCGUCCCACUGCAGCGAGCAAAGCCAACUCUGGGCAACCCUCUAAAAUGUUUAUUUGGACCAGUGGCCGGAGCUCCACAUCUUACAGACAUGAUGAGAAAAGGGAUCACGAUCUACUGGACAAAAGGAAAACAGUCACAGCCCUAAAAGCUGGAGAAGACCGAGCCAUACUCCUCGGGCUGGCCAUGAUGGUGUGCUCUAUCAUGAUGUACUUUCUCCUGGGAAUCACCCUGCUGCGGUCUUACAUGCAAAGUGUCUGGACAGAAGAGGCUCAGUGCUCGCUUCUCAACGCAUCCAUCACAGAAACCUUCAACUGCUCAUUUAGCUGCGGUCCAGACUGCUGGAAAAUCUCUCAGUACCCCUGCCUUCAGGUGUACGUUAAUCUCACCUCUUCUGGCCAGAAGCUUCUGCUCUACCACACCGAGGAGACAAUGAAAAUUAAUUCUGAGUGUUCGUACAUACCCAAGUGCGGCAAGAAUUACGAGGAAUCCAUGUCGCUGGUGAACGUUGUGAUGGAAAACUUCAGAAAGUACCAACGCUUCUCCUGCUUCUAUGACCCCGAAGGUGUUCAGAAGAACGUGAUACUAACCAAACUGUACAGCUCCAACGUGCUGUUCCACUCCCUCUUCUGGCCCACCUGCAUGAUGAUCGGCGGGGUCGCCAUUGUCGCGAUGGUAAAGCUGACUCAAUACCUUUCCCUCCUCUGUGAGAGAAUCCAAAGGAUCAACAGAUAAAUACAAAAACUUCUCUGAGAUUUAAUUACAGCUAAAAUACUGUUUUCUCAUUCUUCACCAAAGAACCUUAAGUUUGUAAUGUGCAAGUCUGUUAUAAGUUCCUUACUAUAUUCUUAUAAGUAGAGCAAUAAUGCAAAAGCUGUUCUAUAUGCAAACAUGAUGUUAUUAUUAUGCAGACAACUGAAAAAAAUACUGUUUUGUGUUGACCAUCUAUAUGAUCUUGGUUUUUGCUGAGACUAGUACGUCUUUCUUUUCUACAGCCAAGAUAGGGCUCAGUGUGACCAUUUGCCAAGCUUAGUCAAUUGACAUUUUCAGUGUAAAGGAUUCUGGGGAAAAUUCACUGCUAGACAAAGGGAAGCCAACCACUUGCGCAUCACUGAGGUCUCACCCCAUUCGAAGGACUUGGGGUGUUGCUUUUUUAUUAUUGUCUGCACGGGUCGGGGCGAAAGCAUUGAUAGGGGUUUUGUUAUGGUAAGAUGGCACAAAAGGGACAUUAUUUUGAGGCCAGGAUAAGCAUACGGUGUUUUUAGCCUAAGUAGGAGUUGGUGAUGCUUUGUGUUUGCUCCCCCAGUUCAGAAGUAAAUUUUACUCUGGUGUUUAAGGUCUUUUGGAAAACACAUUGGAGUUUUAUUUUAUUUAGCGCUAUAAUUUCCUUCUAUCUUAUCAGCAUCAUCUUUGUCACUUGCAUAAGCUGUAGCCAAAAAAACAAAAAUCACCUUGUUCCAUUUUUCUAUUCUAGUCUGAGCCCUAUUGAUGGAGAUGGGACCAGAACACCUUAUGUAAAGAUUUAUUACUCAUUUGUCUUGUAUUUGCUACCAUAUCACUGUAAAGAAAAAAAAUAACACAAUCAGCUAUUUUUUCAUUUUUUACUUCCAACUAUUUUAGAUUUUUUUACUUGAUAUAUAUACAGAUAUAUAUAUAAAGAAAAAGCUAUAUUAUAUCUAGUUGUGUAUUGGAACUUGAUUAUGGGAGUUUUUUUCUUUGUUUUUACCAACUGGAAAGUAAACAGUAUAACUCAUGUAUUUAUAACCUUCAUCCUUGGAUAAUAUCAUAACACAGAGGAGCAGCACUGCAGGAUCUUAUCCAAUAUUCAUGAUGUUGUUUCAGUCAAAGGUCUCUGUUACUGUGACAUCAGAAUUGACAAAAAUCUCAUCCGAUUCUAUGGCUCUAUUAACUGAAUUGUUAGAUAAUAAUACAUCUGGAAAUCUCUCCCGACCUUAACUCAGU